AUGUUAUUCUUAUCAUUAUUUAUAGGAAAUUGCUUGGCUUCACUCAAUCUGACUAUUGGAAUCGAUAUCACUAACAAGGAAUCGUUAGCCUACUUGGGAAGACUAGAAUAACAUUAUGAAUAAUUUGAAGAAAAAGGAUUAAUCCUAAACAUUGUAAAUCACAUCUUGCCAUGUUACACUUGCUAACAAAGACAUAAUUAUACUUAGCCUGAACCAAAUUGCUUUGGAGGAGGUAGAUAUUGUUAAUUCUCCCCUUUUGCCAAUGGUCAAUUGCUGCUUACAGAAAUUAUUAGGUAGAAUUGCUUAUAUACAACCAAUAUAUACAUAUACUUAAGUUACAUCAAUCUAUUUUCGUAAGAUUGUUUAGAGAAUCCACAUUACACAUUUUGCUCUGAGAAUAUUUUGAAGAACAUCAUUAAUUACAAUAUUACAGAACUUGAUGAAUGCAUUAAUGCUAGCUUCAAAGGAGUGGGUGACAAAGCAUUGCUUGAAAAUUACAUAUUGUCCAAAGAAAUGAAUAAAUAAUAUAAUUAGAGUUUCCUCAAUGUAUUUCUAGAUAAUAAGGACAUUACAUAUUAACCAUUUAAUGAUAUGAUUGUUUAACUAUGUUAGAAGUUGCAUAACGAUCCACCUGAAUAUUGCAAUAUAUAUUCUGUGGUUGAAAAAAACACCACCAUAAAAUUAGACGAAUAAAUCUUUUUUUAUCUAUUUAUAGUAAUGCUCAUACUCUUAAUUUUGAUAUCCAUAAGGAUGUUGAAGAAAGCAAACUAUGUGAUUUUGAACAAAGCCUCAAUCCCUAUCGAAGAAACUAUUGGAAUUAUUUCAGAGGAAAAUGUGCAAUGAUUUUUGUAAUUCUAUUUGGAGUGUUAAUAUAAAAA